AUGCCACCCCAGGCUUCUCAGGACGGAUUUUCUAUGAACCUCAAUACCGCCCCGAACAGGGAGAAUUCCGCCAACUACAGCAUCGUUCUUGAUGGCACUUCCAUAGCGGUGUCUCCAGAGGGAAGCAGCCCGACAUACUCAGGUCCGCCUCGUCCAAAGCGCCGAAAGGUUAGGUUAGCAUGCCGAACUUGUCGGCGGCGAAAGACUCGAUGCGACGGAACCCUGCCUAUUUGUCAAGCUUGCAUCUCUCGUCGCGUGGGGUCUACCUGUGUCUACGUAAACGUAGCUGAUGAUCCUCAAAGUGACAACGAUGCCCAGCAUGACAAGAGUCAAUCCAAAGCGGUACCUAGUGCAUUAAGCCGAACUGCAAUGGUUCCUCAGCGGUAUGCUUCGCGUGAUGGGGAUCUUCACUCUGAAUCUCCGAUAACUCGGCCACGUUCUGGGACCAUAGCCACUGGUAGAGACUCAGUGUCUACCCAUAUCGACCGUGAUGACAGUUUCGCUAUGGGUGCGGAUGCUCUUGCUACGGUAACAUCGAACGCUGUUGAAGACGGUCUCGUCUACAGAGGUUCAUCGACCAUCGCAUUUUUAAGGAGUUUCACUCAUGGCACGAGCGAGUUGACCAGACAGGCCGAUCCAAAUGCAACGAACGGCAACGGUGAUCAUUUACAGACUGACCAAUUAAUACCCAUGAAGCCCUUACCAAUAAUGGAGAGAGAUCCAUCGGCUUUCCUUCUACCACCUCGAUGGUCCGCUGACGAAUAUGUACAAUGCUUUUGGGAAUUUGUUCACCCUCUCUUUCCUGUCCUCCACAAAACAUCCUUCAUGGACAAAUACUCACGCUUGUGGACCUCCGAAGGCAGAGAACCUGGUGGGGACGUCUCCGAUGUCAACGAGAAUAUAUUUAUCUCCACACUAAAUCUUGUUUUUGCAAUUGGUUGUCAGUUCAGUGCGUCCGUUCCUGCACAAAACAAGGUAUCACUCGCCGAAGAUUUUUAUCAAAGAUCACGUAAAGUCUUUGUCUAUGACAUUUUUGAUUCGACCUCUGUUUCACUUGUACAGAUGCUGCUGGUCAGUGGAGUGUAUCUUCAAUCUACUCGAUAUGCUAGCCGUUGCUGGAACGUGGUAGGCCUCGCUAUAAGGACGGCCCAAAGCCUGGGUCUACAUAUCGAUGUCACAAAGUAUAGACCAGAAAAUCAACUCAAUAAGGAGAUGGCCCGCAGAAUAUGGCAUACUUGUUUUGUCCUCGACAAGCUUUUGUCCAUGACUUUCGGACGGCCCACCAUGAUCACCAAUAAUUGGGAUGUACCCAUGCCGUCCUUGAUUGAUGAUGAAUAUCUUCGUACUUCUGGUGUCGGUCAACAGCCUCCAGGGAUUCCGUCAAGAAUUGGUUUACUUGUGUCUUCGUCCCAUUUGUUCGUCAUCCUGGACGAGAUUCUUGCCUCACUAUAUUCAGAAAACCUGCGAAAUAAUCUCAAUGAGCUUCUGCAGGACGACAAGCGUGUCCAAGAAAUGAUUUUAGGGGUUCUAGUAUUGAAUCGACGCCUGGAAUCAUUUGUGGAUACAGUCCCGGAAUAUAUUCGAGAGUGUUUGUCCACGAAUCGAGUACCACGUGAGCAGAUCACCAGUGUACAGAUUCAAGAGCAGGUUUUGUUUUGCAGGUUCCAGUACACCAGGGUGCUCCUCCUCCGGCCCAUCCUCUUACUUGCUACGAAGCGACGCAUCACGAUUGAUCCUGUAUCGCUCAAGCCGGCCUCUCUCGAUGUCGAAUUAGUGAGAAGUUGUUGCAAUCUAUGCGUCAGGACAGCACAAACUCUGAUUGAGUGUCUACAUCAUCAUUUGAAUACCACUUAUCGAAGUUCAGGCUGGCACACAGUAUACUUUGCAUUUGCCGCGGCAUCAAUCAUUCUGGUCGGUCUUACUUGCCCAAUCGUGGAUGAAGACCUCAUACGACCUUCGUUCGAGAUCAACUGGCACCGGGCGCUUGGCAUCAUGGAUCACUACAAGCAGCAAAUUCAGUCAGCACCACGAGCUAUCCAGACAUUGAAAAGUCUUCGCGCACAGACCAUCGGCUCUGUCCCUAAUGUACCACCAAUAAAUGUUCCUACCUCCGAGUAUCAAGAGCCUCCUGCAGCUCAGGAAGACUGGAGCCAGUUCAAUCCAUUUGGUACUGAUUUCAUCGACGACACCUGGUUCAGUCAACACAUCACGAACAUGGAUUGGCUGGAGUUAUGUUGA